AUGGAAAAAGCAUCAAUAUCGCAAACAGCCUUGUCAAUUAACAAUAAUGGUACUGUAGCUCCGAAGAGAAAUCGAAGAAACACAGCGCCGGCUGGAUUCUAUUCGGCUGCUCGCUCACCUUUCGCCACUUUUCAACAAGAAGAACCGAACAAAAGGACAACUCGAUUUCAAAAGCGUCUACGUAAACCACCUUCGUUUGAGACCUACUUAGAGCGUGGGAAUUUUUGUAAUAAAAACGAGAAAGAUAAUGACCAUGUACCAAAUGAGACUUCGAAUAUUGAUGACGACAAAGAAUCAGACAAAUAUUCAAUUAAGUCAUCUUUUUCGUCAGAGACUAAUAAAGCAUCCUCAAUAACACGAUUUCCCAAUAAAUUAGAGGAUAUUAAAGAUGAUGAACCAGGUCAUCUUGGAGAUUGGGAUUUAUUGGAAGAUGAAAGUGAAGAUGAUGAGGAUUUCUUAUUCAUGGGCGGUAAUUCUUUUUCUCAGUAUAAUAAUCAGAACAAAUAUCGAAAUCAUUAUCAUACUCGUCAGCAUCGUAGUUUAUCGUUAUCUUCUGGAUUUUAA